GGAACGGGGCGGGCGGCCAGGUCCCCGAGGCUGCAGCUUCGGUGACAUCCCCGGGCGGAGGCGGCGCGCUCAGCGGGGCGGGUCACCGCGGCGCCUCCGAGCCCCUUAGCGCAGCGCCGGGCUGGGGACAAGGCGGAGGCCGCCGCAGGCCCAGGGAGCCACUCGGGCUGUCAACCCCAGGCGGCGCGGACGUGACGACCUCGAACCCAGGCCUCUGAAAAUGCGCGGGGGCCAGGGGCGUGUAGGCGCGCCCAUGUGCUGGCUUUGGCGGCGGACGCGGCGGCCUCACCUCCUAGUCUAGCCGGGGCCGGUCCGCUAGGCUCCGCGGUUAGAGGCAGCUGCCGAGGGACCCGGAUGCCCCGCCUCCCGCGGCCCUGCCAGCAGGAAGCGAGGAGAGCGCGCGUGCGCAGAAGGGUGGCCUUGCGCAAGCGCACUGCCCGCGCCCUCCCGGCCCCGCCCGCCCGCUGCAGGUUUCCCACGGAUUCUGCACCAGGAAACUCAGGUGUGCGCGGAGGCCCCGAAGUCCUCCGCAGGUUGGUGAGCGUGCGCUGUCGUGCGCUGGCCCCGGGCGAGUAGAACUGCCAGGAAGCCUCUGUUCCUCCCAUGUGGACCUCUCCAUCGAGCUGCGUGAGUGUCCUCACUACAUGACAGUUGACAUCCUUCGGAAACAGGAUCUCUUCAUAUGGCCAAGAAGAUGGCCAUCUGCAGCCCAGCUUCACAUCCUUCCAGUUCAGAAACCCCAAUGAAGAGUUUCUUUCCCCACAGCCCACAUAUUCAUACCAUAUACUUCUGUUAUAUGAAGUUGAACAUGGAGGAAGAAGAGGACUAUAUGUCUGAUUCCUUCAUUAAUGUCCAAGAAGAUAUCAGACCAGGAUUGCCAAUGCUGAGGCAAGUCCGAGAAGCCCGUCGAAAAGAAGAAAAGCAACAAGAAGCUAAUUUGAAAAAUAGGCAGAAGAGUUUAAAAGAAGAAGAACAAGAAAGACGUGACAUUGGGUUGAAGAAUGCACUAGGCUGUGAAAACAAAGGGUUUGCUUUGCUCCAGAAGAUGGGAUAUAAAAGUGGUCAGGCCCUUGGCAAGAGUGGAGAUGGUAUUGUUGAACCAAUUCCUCUCAAUGUCAAAACAGGAAAAAGUGGCAUUGGUCAUGAGACUUUAUUAAAACGGAAAGCAGAGGAAAAAUUAGAAAGCUACAGAAGAAAGAUUCACAUGAAAAACAAAGCUGAAGAAAACGCUGCAGAGCAGUUCCGAAUGCGACUUAAAAGUAAGCAAGAUGAAAUGAAGCUGGAAGGAGAUCUUAGAAGAAGCCAGCGAGCCUGUCAACAAUUGGAUACUCAGAAGAAUAUACAGGUUCCCAGGGAGGCCUGGUACUGGCUGAGGCUCGAAGAGGAGACUGAAGAAGAGGAAGAGGAAGAAAACGAACAAGAUGAAGAUGAAUAUGAGAGUGACGAUUUAAGUGUACUGGAGAAAUUACAGAUAUUGACGAGUUAUUUAAGAGAAGAACAUCUGUAUUGUAUUUGGUGUGGAACAGCCUAUGAAGAUAAAGAUGACCUGUCUUCAAAUUGCCCAGGACCAACUUCUGCAGAUCAUGACUAAGAUUCUCAAUAAAGUAGAAACUUGGAAAAUGCUGUUGUUUCCUAGACAGUUCAGCAGUUAGAAUUCCCAAAAAAUUUUAUGCCAAAUGUUUAUGUUUUUUUUUCUACUUUAGAAGUACUUUGUACUUUAAAAUAUAAAAGUUCAUGGACUCCAAAAAUAAAAUAAUGGAAUGCUUUUU